GAGAGAGAGAGAGAGAGGGGUAAUCAAGAGCUCCAGUUCAGUAUUUUCCUCAUCCUCCUCUCCGGCUACAGAGGGAGGAGGAAUAUGGGGAGAGGGAAGAUCGUGAUCCGCAGGAUUGAUAACUCCGCAAGUCGGCAGGUGACCUUCUCGAAGAGGAGGAACGGGUUACUGAAGAAGGCCAAGGAGCUUGCCAUCCUUUGCGAUGCUGAGGUCGGUGUGGUGGUGUUCUCCGGCACCGGCCGACUCUAUGAUUACGCCAGCACCAGCAUGAAGUCUGUGAUAGAAAGGUAUACUAGGGCAAAGGCAGAGAACCAUCUGAUUCUGGACACAGCUUCAGAAAUAAAGUUUUGGCAAAGGGAGGCAACAAGCUUGAGGCAGCAAUUGCAUAAAUUGCAAGAAACUCAUAGGCAGUUGAUGGGAGAAGAACUUUCUGGUCUAAGUGUCAAGGAUCUAGAAAAUCUAGAGAACCAACUGGAGAUGAGACUCCGUGGUGUUCGAAAGACGAAGGAACAACUUCUAAUUAAUGAAAUUCAAGAAUUGAAUCAGAAGGGGAGCCUUAUUCACCAAGAAAAUAUGGAGCUUUACCAGAAAAUAAACAUAAUGCAUCAAGAAAACAGAGAGUUACACAAGAAGGUUUAUGCACCAACGGAGGAAAAUGACCCUAAUAGAAAUUCAGUUAUCCCACAUAGUUUUCAUAUAACAAAGGAAGUAAAUGCACUUAUUCAUCUUGGACUACGCCAACAACAUCAGCAUGGAGAAGAGUUAAAACUUGGAGCUCCAAAACUAGGCAUAUUUCAAGUGAAAUAAGGAGAGAGAGAACAGAUCAAGAAUCAGCGUUCAUGGUCUUCAUCAUAUUAUCCCAAGGUUAUAACAGUGUUGUAAUUAUCCUAAGCUAUGGUGACAGCACC